AUGAGCUCCUCCCUUCUGGCAGAUAAUCCCGACAUACCCGCUGUCACCGAAGACAAAUAUGAGGCCAAAGAUUAUGAACAGGACGGGCUAAACCACAACAAAGAUGAUUGGAACGAGGGUGCUGUCUCCCAGGCUAAUAGUGUAGGCGGCCUGCACCGUCGCCUUGGGAACCGUCAGAUCCAGCUCGUCGCUAUUGGAGGCUCCAUCGGCACCGGCUUGUUCAUUGCGAUUGGAACCGGUCUAUAUAAGGGAGGACCAGGAAGCUUGCUUCUUGCCUUCAUCAUCGAGUCUCUUAUGGUCGGCAUGCUCAAUAAUUGUCUUGCUGAGAUGACGACCUACAUGCCCGUAAGCGGUGGAUUCAUUCGACUCGUUGGCUACUGGGUGGAUGACGCCUGGGGAUUCAUGGCUGGAUGGAAUUUCUUUAUCUAUAUGGCUCUAACGGUGCCCUUCGAGAUUUCGGCAGUCAACGUACUCCUGGGGUACUGGCGAGAUGACAUUCCUGUUGUCGCAGUGUGCUUGGCUUGUACAGCGGCUUACGCUGGGAAAGUGAUUUUGAUCUUCAUCUUAUUUUUGUUCACAUUCAUUACCAUGGUCGGCGGCAACCCCAAAGGCGAUGCGUAUGGAUUCCGCUACUGGAAACCCCCCGGCACAUUCGCAGAGUAUGCAUCUGGAGGAGAGCUCGGCCAUUUUGAAGGGUUACUUGGCGCUUUAUGGAUUGCCGUUUUCACCGUCGUCGGACCGGAAUACAUCUCCACGGUGGCAGCAGCAGCCAAACACGCCCGCAUAUACAUCAAGAAAGCCUUCAAGACCGUUUACUGGCGUUUUGGUGUCUUUUUUGUCGGGGGCGCCUUGUGUGUUGGCACCCUUAUCGCGUAUAAUGACCCUACCCUCGUUGCAGCUUUAGAAAGUGGAGAAUCAUCUGCUGCGGCAUCACCUUACAUCAUUGCUAUGCAGAAUCUUGGAGUCGGAGCCCUCCCUCACAUCGUUAGCGCCCUGGUGGUGACAACAGUAUUCUCUGCGGGAAAUACUUACACUUACGCUGCGACCCGGGCGCUACAUGGCAUGGCGGUUGAAGGUCGAGCACCACGAAUCUUCUCCAAGACUGAUCGACGAGGUGUGCCGAUAUAUAGCUUUAUCGUGGUUAUGGCAUUUGCGUGUCUCUCGUUCCUCGAACUGUCCGGUAGCGCGAUGCAAGUGUUAGAGUGGCUCAUUAGCCUAACAACUGCCAACAUCCUCAUCGACUAUAUCAUUAUUACGACUACUUACAUCUGCUUCUAUAACGCCUGCAAGGCACAGAAUUUCCAUCGAUCCAAGCUACUAUAUACGGGACAAUUCCAGCCUUAUGGUGGAUACAUCGCACUGGCUUGGAUGACCCUGAUGGUUCUUUUCUUUGGCUACCGGAGCUUUACACCAUGGAAUACUGCGAACUUCUUUCUCAGCUAUACUAUGCUGUUGCUGGCACCUGUCACAUUCAUUGGCUGGAAGGUCUACAAACGAACCCGAUGGUUACGACCCAGCGAGGUCGAUUUGAAAUGGGAGGCAGAUCUUAUUGCGGCAUACGAGGCAGUCGAGACGGAGCAGCCGAUUGGGUUUUGGGCAGAAAUG